ACAACAACUUUAAUUUGUUGUCAUGUUCUUCUUAACUUCUUCAACGUUAACCUACUACUGUUGUACUACUGUUGGGAUAAUUAUGAUGGGAUGCGUCUUUAAUGCUGAGUCUCUAAGUCUAAAAGUCAGAAAUGCAGUAUUUUUUAUGUACUAACUACUAACACUUUCUCUUUCUGGAUAAAUUAUGGAAGAAGCCAACCUGAAACAACUAUUCGCCAAACUAGGUCAUUCUUUGGAAGAAAUAAGGGUUCGAGCUCUGAAGAAUUUGUUGAUGAAAGUGAAGUUGGGUCUGGUUUCUGAUGAAGUCCUCUCAACAGAUGAAUACCUACAUACAAGAAUUUUGGAUUGGUUCAAUUUGAAAAACAAUUUGAUGGUUGAUGAAGUGUUAAAUUUAAUCACGCAAUUAAUCAAACAUCCUCAGGCAGCCACAAGUUUCAUAAAGUUAGGAGCCAUUGAGUUUCUCACUGCUUUGAAAAGUGAUUUUGUUUUGACGAGUCACAUCACAAUGGUUGAAGAUAUCAUAGACUCACUCGCAAAAUGCAAUCUACAUGAAGAACAUUAUGAUGAAUAUGAUGUUGGGUUCAAGCUAACUUACAAGCCAGCCAAAGUAUCACAAAUUCAAGAAAGUUUCCCUGUACCAUCAACUGCCCAAAAUAUUUCACAUGAAAACAUCGAGGAUAUGUUGGAUGAGAGUCUUCAUUCUUACCCACCGGAUGAUGAGUGCAUCCAUUCAAGAUACAAAUUCCCCGCUGAACCUGAUGUAGCAGAUCAUCCAGGGAAUGUUCUGUUCAGUUGGAUCGAACUGACAGAUGCUGACCUCAUUGUGCUCAAUUCUGUGGUCAAUUUGUUGAAGAGCAGAAGUACCUUGGACGUUGUGAACGUCUGCAGUCUUCUCGAGGCUGUCAUCUUCCACGAUUAUCCUGCUGAGGUCUUCCUCCAACGACCCAACAUCCUACAGAUUUUGCUGACGCUGUUGUUAAACGCAACUGAAACAAUGAACAACUCGUCCAACGCGUCUACAACGACGUCUUCCACAAUGAGAUCCCUCUUCCUGUCGGAUGCAGAGCUCGAUGUGAGCAUUGCAGUCGUCACUACUCUGGGCAAAUUUUGUGAGGUGGUUAAGAAGAGGAUAAGUCAAUACGUCAUCAAUCCAGAUUACUUCAAAACCAUCUACGAGCUGUUUCCAGAUGCACCAGGCACCCACCUCCACAACACAAACGCUACACAGUCCCAAUUGACCAAAUGUAUUUCAUCUGAGGGUGACAAUCUGAACACCCCUCACACUUUUCAAUGGACUAUUCCUUGUUUGUGCAUUGAACUGUUUGAGACACAAAGAAUGGAAGCGACUUUGAGAAGGUUGGAUGGUCUGAGGAAGAUGUAUCACUGCGGGAAUGUUUGGAGGGCAGCAGAAAGGGAGAAACAAAACAAGCAACUGACCUAUGUGGCCAUUACGUCCGCCAGCAUCAAACUUAUCCACUGCCUCUCACGUACUUCGUCACUUUCUGUCUUCUCUGAUGCCAUUUGUACUUUGUUGAAAAGCCUAACAGAAGACACCUACUUAAAAUACUCUAUUCCAAGAUUGGCCGAGCAGUUCAGUAUACUGAUUCGAUUGGUCGAACCAAUUGGUGUCCGAAAGUCUACCAACCAAUCAAAAUUGUUUCUAGAUUCUCUGCAAAGUUGUGGACAGAUUUUGUACUCAGUGAGACGGAGACAUAACGUUAGUGAACAUGUCAGCGAUAUUGAUUGUGGUGGAAGUGAGAUCGUGUCAGACUGCUUGAAGAUGUCUCUUGGUCCUUCCAAAGACGACUUAAUUGAUCCGGAUAGCAAUAAUAACAUCGACGAAUUGAUGCUCUUGAAGAACGUUGAAAAAUGUAUUAAAGCCUUUUACAGUUUGAAAUAUCACAAAUCUUUGGAUUACAUUGAUCAUUCAAUUGCUCUGAUUUCUCAAUCUUCAUCAUUAUUGCUAACAUCUGAUGUUAAGUCAUGUUUCAUCAAUAUAACUGAACACCUGUUGUCACAAGCCGAUGACGAGAUGAGGCUGUACGCGCCAGUUCUUUACAUUUUUUACGUCAGCUUAAUUUGUCUGGCUACUGGCACCCCACUCUAUAGUGUGGCGGUGCAAGGCGCUAUAGAUGGAAGGACUACUUGUAGACCAAGGGGUUGGAAGUUUGGUACCUGGAAUGUAAGCACGUUGACAGGAAGAAGUUUGGAAGUGGUGGAGGAGCUGCAGAGGAGAAAAGGUGGCUGCAAGGGUGAGGGUACAAGGUUUGUGGGGGCUAAAGGUGGAAGAUAUAAGUUGUGGUGGAAGGGGGAUGAUGGUACGGGAAGAGUUGGUGGAGAAGGUGUUGGAAGUGAGGCGGAGAAGCAAUGGUGUAAUUGUGGUGGUGAUGGUGUUUGGGAAAGUAAUAGUGAGGGUGAUAUCAGGAUAUGCUCCGCAACAAAGUCAGGGGAGCAUAGGUCGAUGAUAGACUAUAUAUUGGUAAGGGCCAAACAUAGGAAGUAUGUGAAGAAUGUGAAGGCGAUACCUGGUAUGCUGCAGCAUAGUAUGAUUCAAAAUGCCUGUUAUGAGAUAAUCCUGCACGUACUCCAAUGCAAACUGAUCACGCCUCCUAACUUCUGGUUAAGCGUCGUCAAAUGCCUCCACUCCAUCGUACCCAGCCUGAGCACCGCAUGCUCCACCGAUUCCACAGUCACUAAGUGCCUGAUUGGUUUGUUCCAUGGAGGGCAGGAUGAUGGAAGUCUGCAGGAUGGUACCACUAAGGACCUCAGGGAUGUCCAUGCACCCCCUCAACGUCCUAAUUCUGAUCAUUUGAUGUUUUGGCUUUGUCUGAUGUUUAACAAACAUAAUGGCAAGCUGAGACACCAAGCAACAAAUGUUAUUCUAGAUAUUUUGUCUCGUGAAGAAAGUUCUGAAGAAAAAUACCCAAGGUUGUCAGCUGUUGUCGUUGAUAGGGUGGCCAACAUGUUUGCCGGUGGAUGUGGUGCUGAUGACGCCGACGCAGAUGGUGGUGCUGAUGAUAAGAAUGAUGAUACUGUAAGCACUGCUCUUAGACAUGGAAACAUACAACAAGACAGUUUAGACUUGUCGACAACAAUUAACAGCAACGUUUUGAAAAUAUCGAGAGCCGACUACGUAACCAAAUCUGUCUGUAAAGAGAGAGACAUCUUAAAACUCCUAAAUGCCAUGUCGUCAUCCGAGAACAUGAACAGCAUCGAAGUUUUGACGUCUUGUGCAUCUCAGCUGGCUGUCAUGCUGUUUGACACGAGUCUUCAUCAAUCAUUUGCUCGGAAUGGAGGCACCAGUUUGGUGAUUUCACUUCUGAUGAGCUCCAUUCUGCAGUGCAAUUCGUGGAAUGGUCGAUUGAGGAUGGUGAUGAAGUUGAUGCAGUGCCUCAUGCACGUCGUACUCUGGGGUGGAGAUGCUAGGAAGGACAUGUGCCUGGAUGAGGGAGUGUAUCAUCUGCUUUUUAGAUACUGCCUGAUGUUUGCCUCGCAAGGCAACAGAGAAGCUCUCACUCACACAUCAUGCAUCCUCUUCAUGCUCAUCAUGACGCGCUACGGCGGUAGUGGCGAUGCUGCUGCUGCUGCUAGUGGUGUCAGCGGAAAUCCUCACAUGUGUGCUUACCACCAAACCCACUGUCGCCACACUGACGUCGGUCGAGAUGUCGAAGAGGUGGGCGAGGAUGAUUUUGAUGUCUCUAAGAGUGACAUUGAGAAGCCAGAUAAGUAUUUGGUGUACAUCAGCAAGUAUUUGAACAUUCCUUUCAACGUAGAUUUUUUAAUCUGCACACCUCCACAACUCACAUCAGUAUCUUCAUCAUCAGCAUCGUCGUCGCUAAUUAUCUGCCAAAAAUGUCUCGACGAAACAGACAAAUUAAUAAAUGGAUUGAAUGAACAAAUGGAUGAUACGAGGUGGUUGGAGCUAGAAGCUAGAAUGAUCUGGAAUGUUGGUUUGUACAAUGGAAGUAACAAUUUGGUUGCGGCUGUUGCAAGAAACUUGCCUGACGAUCAGACUUUGGACAAGUUAAGGUACAUCAGCAAGUUGAACUUAACACCUGACGACAAGUUGUAUCUUCUCGUCAGCUCACCUCUCGUUGGCAUGAGGCAAACUGUGGAUGACGUAAACAUGGCAACUGCACACUUGCCUGUCCUCAACGGAAUAAUUCGUCUUCACUUUUACACAUCCCACUUUCAUUCAAAUGAUGAUGUCAUCAGCUCCUUGACUGAUGCUGGUUGGAUGGUUUUCUUAAAAAGGUUUCUAUCAGUAAGACCAUCAUCUUCGUCAGACUAUUCCUUAUUUGUGAGCAUUCUUGACUUGUUGACGUCGGUCAUCAACCGAGUGCACAAAGAUCAGCUACUGUUAAAAGAACAGGUAAGAUCUGGUAAGGUUGGACAGAUGGUCAGCUGGAUGGUUGACAACACGCUCAUGCCCAGCACCGUUGUGUUUGAAUUAUUUUCAAAAAUAAUGAAGAAUGACUCUCUGCUUGUAACAUUUCUGAAUGAGCAUCUGAUCAAAUCGAUCCGGACAGCAUUGCUUGAAUACAUCAACUGCAUAACUUGUUUAAUCAAUGACGCUUGUUAUGAAGACCACCAGCAUCAGUUGAUGAACAGUUUCUAUGCGGUUCACGUUGAGUUUUUAAAAGUUUUGAAUGAAACAUUGAAAGAUGCACACUCGGUGAGAUCAGAUGAUAUCAUAACAUUAAUGAAGCUGCUCCAGAUUUAUACUCACAUUACUGCGAGACCUGGCUGGAGUGAUGCCAAAAGACACCUGCUUGUCUCCGCGGAGCUUCCUCAGACACAGUCGUCCUUUUCCAUUCAAAUGCAGAUUCUAAAACUAACACUUAGUUAUUUGAAAAGAAUAAUAGAAACUUUCCACGAGGGACGGGGUGGUGACAGAUCGUCCUACAUUGGCAGGGGGGUGUUCAGGUCGGCUGCCAUCUGCCUCAGUCAUCUCUGCCCAGAGAUGAGUUCAUGUAAGAACAGCGAGAACUGGCCUGAAUUCUGGUCAUCUGCUGAUGGUGUCAAUGUGAUGGGGAAUAAUUAUAACUGUAAUAAUAUUGAACGUAGUGAAGAAAUGCUUGUUGGAGGAGUUGACGUGAUUGAUGAUGUGCUGACUUCAACCACGUCUUCAUUCAUCGACGUUGGACCUGAUUACAGAAUAAAUUUUGAUUGGUUGCUCUCUCUUCUGUACUACAGAGAUGUCGAGUCGUGCCGGGCGGGCAUGUCCGUUGCAGCAAUGCAUGCUUCCACCAAACUGGGCAGGAAGUUAUUAAUGGAUCACAUGCAUUUUGAUGACCCAUCAGACAAUUUGUGGUCAUUUGCAUUAAAAAUUUUCUUGGAUGGAAACAAGUGUUUGUUGAUCAGAAGAGAAGCCGCAUUGUUAUUGGCCAGCAUGACUUCAUGUGACUUCAACAGUGAUUAUGGAAAAAUUACUUUGAAAAUGAAUUUUAAAGAUCUGGGUGGUCACCUUGAUGGUUUACCACCUUAUGACGAUGGCGAAGAGCUUUUGGAUAGUCGCACAUUAUUUCAUGAAUUGAAAGAAAUGAACUUUUUCACUGUUCUGAUAUCUCACUUCUUAUCAAAUCUAACUGCUCAAUUGUACCGCCACGAGAACACUGCUAAAAGAUGGCAGAAGAAAACUUGUAGACGCGUUUCUAAUAUUAACUGUAGUGACAAGAGACUCGAAAAAGCAGAGUCUCACAAGUUUUCAAGCUUGUCAAUAGCAACGUCAUCCUUAUUGUCUCCUGUUUGUAUAAUGUUAUCUAAUUUGAUCAUACAAAAUUCUGACGUAGUGGUUGAGUUGUUCAGCUCCAACGUGGUCAGCCAUUUCAUUAGUUUAUUCAACGUCAUAGCCGAAGUAGUCACAAUGAACAGAAACAAGCAGAAUCCUUCCAGGCUGUUUGAACUUUCUUCUGAAAUACUCCAAUUACUCAUCACCGCCAUUACUACUUCAGCUGGAUCACCAGCAUCAAAUGUUAGAAAACAGCAGACGACAGGGAAAGCUGCAGCCACUCAAAAAUUUGAAGCGACUUCUGCAGCGAUGUCGACUGUGAAAAGUGUGGAAUGCAAAUUGCUGACGAAGAUGUUCGAUGAUGUCUUCCUCAAUCAGCUGGUUCUGUCGUGUUGUCUUGAAGUAAGGAAAGAAGCAGGUGAUGAUCUGGAGCAGGCUGGCGGGGAUCACCUGAAUGAACUUGUAACAUCGUGCCACCGCCUCAUCAUUAUUAUACUCACUCACUCUGUUUUCUCGGCGACAAGGACAUCUCUUCUGACGGUCAUUCAAAAUCAUUGGACAUCGUUGUCAAACUCCUUCUUAAAUGUUCUGAACCAUUCGAAGAUUGACAAUCAAGAAUCUUGGUUUUCCACAUUGAACUUGCUGACUGUUUUAUCUGUAGAGGAAGGUGAAUUGCAAGAUGAAAAGAAUUCAUUUAAAAAGAAGUUCUCUGUGUUCAGAGCAUCUGAUCAGUUGUUAAGUAGUAGCAGCAGUAGUAGCAACAAGCAGGAUGAUGCAAAACUGCAUGACAAAAAUAACCUCCUUAUAUGCCUUUCUCUGGUAAAAAAAAUGAACACGUUAUCUGUUGACCUAUCCAGUUCUUCCGUCAAUUGCAAGCUGGCCUUGUAUGAAACUCUGAAAAAUGUUCUGGUUGUUUGUCAUCCCAGUUACAAGCUAGAACUCUUGAAAGCUGGACUUUUAGACAUGAUAUUUAAUCAGAUCGAUUUUCAACUCAACUGCUGGAGUGAGGACAGUGCUUCUUAUUGUUGGACGUCCACAGCUAACAAGUCGACCUCCUAUAACGAAAAGGUAUGCAGAAUGGAGUUGUUGUUAUUGGUCGGAAUGUUGAACAACUUCAUGUACAAAUCUCUAGAUGUCAAGUUGGCAGUCUGUUUGAAUGCCGAUGAUUCAACUUCAACUGCUGCAUCGAUGAAGAGGAGGAAUGUGAUGAUGCGGAUGAUGACGGUGAUGUCAGCAAUGAUGAUGCCGUCGCCGAAACAUAACAAGCAUAAUGAUACACUCGCGACAUCACUGCUUUCCUUACUUGUUUGUUUCACUAGCAGUUGUGUGCCUGCUUGCACCUUCAUGUCUUCGAGUCUUCCUACAACGUCGCUGGUUAAUGUUACAACAACAACCACAGCAGCCAGGAAACAGGCGCUACAUCAAACAGUGUUGAACAUGAUCCUCAAGUUCAUCAGCACUGCACUGGCUGAUGACAACUCAAAUCAAUUAAACUCAACUCGACAGUCUCUAACGUUGAAAAUGUCUUUUCAGUUCUUGAACAAUGUUGUUGUGUGCCCUGAAGUCAGGAGUGUUAUAUCUAAGAGCUCCUUGCUGUCGGAUUUUGUGAAAAGAGUAAAUCAGCAGAGGUUGUAUCCAAUGUCGUCGAGAACUCCAUCGACAGCUGACCAGUUGGUUGACCAUCUCUUUCUCUCCUUUAUAUGCCACAUAACCUUCACAGCAGAUGGACAGGUCAUCACAUCUAAAGUUCAAGGAUUGAUACUGACAAUUAUAGACUACAGUGAAACAUUUACAUCUUCAGCAACCAACUCGUCUUCUCUCUUGCUCUCCUUCAUGAUUAUAAGAAAUCUCUCAUUUCACCGUCGUGUCAGAGCUAAAUUAUUAUCUAAUGACAAAGUUGUUAGUACAAUGUUGAGGAAUCUGGAGCAGUUCAGGUUUGAUCAGCUGCAGAUCUCAACGAUAGCUUGUGACUGUAUUUUAAACAUGGUCUUACACAGUCAGAAAGUGAUCGCUGUUAAAAUUAGUCAUUGUAAAUAG